AUGUCUUUUCAAAUUAAAACUUGUAUGCAGUUGAUUUUACUUAUGCAUUAAGUUGCAUCCAACUGGAGACUUGUUGAUUAGAGUUUUACAGAGUUGCAAAUGAUAAGCAAUAAUUGGGAAAUAAAUGAUAGAUGUUUUGAUUCUUUAGAGAGAUCAAUUAAUUAUCAAACUUGUACUUAGAAUUACAUUCAAUAUGUAUUAUUAGACGAUGAUAGACGAUAUAUAUAUAAAUCAUUUAAUUAUAAAAGCUAUCAGGCUCAAGUAAUAUUUGAUGCUUAUUUUGAUGAUGCUGAUAAUGAUGUAGAUUCAUCAUUAAAGGUUAGUUAUGAUAGCAAUAAAGAUUCAGAAAGUGAAUAAUUAUUGUAUAGAAGAAAUUAUAAAUAAUCUGAUUUAAAUUAAAACAGUGUUCGAAUUUGUCAUAGUACUUGGAGAGAUUUUGAAUUCUAUACAGUUGUAAGUACUAUUGCUAAUUCUAAUACUAACUAAUUUAAAAUAAAAAUUUGUUUUAAUCCUAGAAGAAGUCGUGUGUCUUUAGGAAUUAACAAUUUAUUGAUAUAUCAAUUCUUGCCAUCCAACUUGUUUAACUUGUAAUGGUCCUACAGAAACAUAAUGUUUAUCAUGUUUUGAUAAUUAAAGUGUAUAAGGAGGGAAAUGUUAGUGUAUUCCUGAUUAAUAAUUUUCUGAAACUUAUAUAGGUUGUCUUUAAGAAUGCAGUAGAGAUUAUUCAAUUGCAGAUUAUGAUAAAAUAUGUGUUAAUGAUAAAAGAAUAAGAUCAAAAUUUACACUAUUUGAAAGUGAGAGCAUCCCUUAAUCAAAUCAAAGAUAUUAUCCAUUAAUAUUUGAAAAAGAUGAAUUUAAUCCAAGAAACUCUGAUUUAAUUUAUGAAAAUUGCAAUGGGAUUAGUUUUAUUGGAAAGUUAUAUUUUAAUGAAGGAUUUCUUUACUAAAUGAGUCUAGAAAAUGCUAUAAAGUUUAUUAGAAUUCGAAUUACAUUUUAUUUGUUUAACUUUUAAGAAACAAGCACCAUUUACAUUUUACAUAAUAAUAGAAUACAAUCUAGAAUUAUAAAAGGGUCAUCUGAUUUCUAAGUUGAUAAUUUAGUGAAAAUAUUUGAGAAAAAUGAAAAUUGUGGUAGUAUUUAUACUUUAUUAAGAAUAGAGAUGACUUUUUAAUUAUUUAAUUCUAAUCCAACUAUUUUGAUUAAAGGAUAUCUUUAAUAAGAAUAUGAAUCUUGGGGAUUAAGAAAUAUAACUGUAGAUACAGGAUUUUGUUAAGAAAAUUGUUUAAUUUGUUUAGACUUCUCUACCUGCACAUAGUGUGAUACAACAUAUAAAUUAUAUCAAAAUAAAUGUGUUCAGAAUUGUCCCAUUCAUUCAUCAAAUUGCAUUGAUUAUGAAGAAAUCAUACCAUGUAAAUAAUUAUAAAUUAAUUUUUAGAUUCUAGAUACUUAGCCAAAGGAUUUUAUGAUUUAAACAUGACUCUUGAUGAGAUUUAAUAAUUUUAUGAUUAUACAACUGAUCCAUCAUUUAGUUUAUCAACUAAAUAAAAAUUCUCUUUCUUAAAUAAUAAAAUCGUGUUAGGUGGUUUAUUGGUUUGGAAUGAUGGAUCAUAUAUUAAAACAUGGAUUAUUUAAAAACCUCAUUAUGCAGCAACGAUCUAUUUUAAUUUAACCUAUGGAGACACUUAUACUGGAUCCUUUUAUUAUAAAAUAGGUUCUACCUCAAGUAUUGGAUUUUAAGGACUUUUUAAUAAUCCUGGAGGAGGAUAAAAUUUGAUUGGUCGUACUGGUCUAGAAAGCAUUCGUUUUUUUAAUGUAAGUUUAACAAACUUCUAUACUAAUAAUCUUUAUAUUGAAUUUAAAUGUGAUGUUAUUAAUACAAAUAUAACUAAGGAAUUUUGUGCAAUAUCUGAGUAUUUCAUUGUUAUUCAUCAUGUAUAUUAAUUUUAUGAUUUAGUGUCCUCCUUUUUGCUCUAGCUGUACAAGUUUAAAUACAUGUUCAGAUGUAGGAUAUACUGGUCCCAAUUGUGGUAAUAAUUAAUAUUUAGAUUUUGAUUCAUCGAUUGAAAAUUAUAGUUGCAAAAAUUGUAAUUAACCUGGAUGCAAUACAUGUACAAGUAUAGAAGAAUGCACUUAAUGUGUUAAUAAUUAAUUUAUUUUGAUAAAUGGAAUAUGUUUAUGUAAUCCAUUUACAUUUUUAUAAGGAAAUAAUUGUAUUUAAUGCAAUAAAUAUUGUGAAAAUUGUUAUGGUGACUCUUAAUAUAAUUGUCUUACUUGUGUAAAAGAUCAUCAUAGAAGUAUAUAAAGAAAUUAAUGUUUAUGUUUAACUGGAUAUUAUGAUGAUGGAAAUAAUUUACCAUGUUUUCCUAUUUGUGGAGAUUAAAUAAUAGUAGGUGAAGAAGAAUGUGAUGAUGGCAAUAUUAAAGAUGAUGAUGGCUGUGUUGAUUGUUAAAUAAAAUGUUAAGUCUAAUGUACAUUAUGCGAAUUAGAUAUUUGCAAAGAAUGUAAUGUUGAAGGUUGGUAAUUAAGUAAUUAAAAAUGCAUACCAAUAUGUGGAGAUUAAUUAGUCUUGGGUCUAGAGGAAUGUGAUGAUGGGAAUAUGAUUCCAUAUGAUGGGUGUUAUGAGUGUAAAUUUUAAUGUUUAGAAUAAUGUGCUUAAUGUGAAAAUGGAAUUUGUAAAGCUUGCAUUAAGCCAGGAUGGAUCCUUAAUCAAUAUAACAUUUGCACUACAUAAUGUGGAGACGGCAUUGUUGUUGAUCCCUAUGAAUAAUGUGAUGAUGGUAAUGAUAUUCCAUAUGAUGGUUGUUAUUGGUGUGAAUUUUAAUGUACAGAAGGCUGUAUUGAAUGUUAACAAUAAUAAUGCAAGAAAUGUGAUUAUUUAUAUAAAUUGAAUAUUCAAACAGCUUAAUGUAUAAAGGAAAACUAUUAUGAUAAUAAUGAUAAUAAUUAAGAUGUUGAGAAGUCAAAUUUAUAAUUGAUUUUUUAUACAAAUUUUAGAUGUGGAGAAAAUUAUAAUUUAAUUGAUAAUUUAUGUAUAAGUUAAUGUGGAAAUGGAAUAUUAAUCAAUAAAUAUGAAGAAUGCGAUGAUGGUAAUAAUUAUGGAGGAGAUGGAUGCUCUGCUUAUUGUCAUAUUGAAGAUUCAUAUACAUGUAUAAAUUAGGAAGGUUCUUUAAGUUUAUGUACAUAUAUUAUAGCUCCUAAAUUAAAUUUAAAUAUUUUAUCUGAUAAUGCUAAAUAAAUAAAAAUUGUAGAGUUAACUUUUACUUAAUAGGUUAAAUUAGAGGAAUCUUUAAAUUUUGAAGAAAUCAUAGUAUUUUCUAUCUUUCCUUAAACUCGAUAUUAAUUAACCAUUAGUUGUAUUUCAAAUUUAACAAUUACCCUAAGUGAUCCAAAAUAUUAAAUAUAAAUUGAAUUUAUUGAACAAAUAUAAAAUCCUAUUUUACAAGUCGACAUAUAGAAAAAUACUAUAUUCAAUACUUAUGAUUUAGGCUUAUUGGAAAAUAAAAAGACUAUUAAUCUUGGCACUCCAUUUGUCCUAUCAUAAACAACUAAAUAAUAAUUAAUAAAUAUAGUUUAAUUAAAUGAUGUAAUGAUGUAUUCAAUGGUUGGAGUAUCAAGUUUGGCUUUUUUAACAGGAAAUGCAAUUAUGUUUUUAAUUUAUUAGAAUUACUAUAAUAAUUAUCUUAUGUGA